AUGUUUCCUCUAAAUAAGAACCGCCGGGGCGAUGAUGAAACGGGCGGAAGAAAAGGGGAAGAUGGAAGACAAGAGAAAAAGGUAGCAGAAGACGGGGAAGAUGAGGAGAUAAAGGGGGAGAGAGAAGAAAGAGACGGCGGUGGGAAGAGCGUGCGAAGUAGAAAGGCGAGUGGUGAUGGUGACGGUGCCACGGGUGACUGUGAAGAUAGCACGCUGGGCGGUCAUCCUGCUGGUCAUUCACCCCUGGUCACAGCUACAACCGGGUGUAUAUACACGGUAGCUUAA